UCUCCCUUCAUCCUGGUCCACAACAAAAUGUCUCCUGAUUGAAAAGCUGCAUUGUGCCUGACAGGAGGGGCUAGAGGGCCUAUGAUAAUUCACACACAUCGAGAUGGAUGCCCCACAGGCUUUUGUGGAGGAAAUAGAUUUCAACGAACUCCAAUGUCAUGAGGUGGUUGGGAAAGGUGCCUUUGGUGUGGUUAGUCGAGCGAAAUGGCGUGGUAAAGAAGUAGCUGUGAAGCUCAUCGAGACAGAGUCGGAGAGGAUUGCUUUCAUUACUGAGCUGAAACAGCUUUCUCGUGUCAAUCACCCAAAUAUUGUCAAACUAUAUGGUGCCUGUACGAAACAACCCGCGGUUUGUUUAGUAAUGGAGUAUGCAGAAGGGGGAUCUCUCUACAACGUCCUCCACGGUACUGGUCCCCAACCUGCCUAUACCGCGGCCCAUGCCAUGAGCUGGGCGCUCCAGUGUGCCAAAGGAGUCGAGUAUCUCCAUAACAUGAAGCCUAAAGCUCUCAUCCACAGAGAUAUGAAACCACCAAAUUUGUUAUUAAUCAUGGGUGGUACCGUCCUGAAGAUCUGUGACUUUGGCACGGCGUGUGAUAUACAGACACACAUGACCAACAACAAGGGAAGUGCCGCCUGGAUGGCUCCAGAGGUAUUCGAAGGUAGUAACUACAGUGAAAAGUGUGAUGUAUUCAGCUGGGGAAUCAUCCUUUGGGAAGUGAUUACAAGAAGGAAACCAUUUGAUGAGAUUGGCGGCCCGGCCUUCAGGAUUAUGUGGGCGGUACAUAAUGGUACCCGGCCACCGCUAGUACGUAACUUGCCCAGACCACUUGAGCUGCUCAUGACCAGAUGCUGGUCAGGGAACCCAACAGAACGGCCGUCCAUGGCAGAAGUUACGAGAAUCAUGUCCCACUUAUUUCAGUUUUUUGAGGGUGCUGAAAAGCCGUUAGUUUACCCACAUUAUGAGGAUGAAGAUGAUGUUGGUUCACCUGAUUUUUCCUUCAACACACCAGCAUCAGUAUUCUAUAACACGCCACCAAACAACGUCAUCACGUCGUUUACCCCGCAGACAUCCGAGUCGAGGUCUGAGACACUGAUCAGUGACACAGUACGCCACCACUUGGACAGGAACGAUGAUCAACAACAGAUGUCCCCUCCACCACUCCCACCCCGCGCAAACCCCCCACAGGGGGAGCAGACGCGACAGAUGAGUGCGCCACCAUCCUUGGCAGCCAGUCGCGAGAGUCUGUACGAAGGUCAUGUCCGCAGUCCGAGGUCAGGCACACCUGUUGACCCCCACCUGAAGCGAUACUCCGCGGAUAUGAGCAGAUUUGACGGCGAUAUCAUGACACAGGGAAGCAGCGGAAGUGGAAGUAGUAGCGAGUCACACAAAGGCCAUCGUAGGGCGGGCUCAUAUGGUACGCCCUCAAUGUUUUCCUCUGCCGGACUCCCCAAAGCGUCGCAAGGAAGAGGCCACAGAAGGGGUGGAUCUGAUGAAGUCUCACAGAUACGAUUCGAGCAUAGAAGUUCUCCAGUGUUUGUAAAUACCACACCUACCCUACCCCAUACAGGGCCUCUCUCAGUCAGCCCGGUCCACCAUGUCAGCACUUACCCUGGCACUCUCAGUCAGGCCUCCCAGGAAACAACCCCACCCCCUAUUAGGUCCUUCUCGUACCAGCCACCACAAACUACGGAACCAGUUCAACCCCAUAAUUCCCGAGCAGCUUCAUGGACGUCAGAAAUGUCAGUGGGGCCGGUAACCAUGGUAACUGGAGGAAACCAGACGUCUGUUUCCCAACCGCGACCUAUCAAUCAAAUUGUAGGUACAGGAAUGUCUAAUGCAGACUCAUUUGCCAUGAACCUAGUGUACCAGUCACUUGAUCACCAGUUACAGCCCUUGGCCCCUUGUCCUACUAGUCGGGAAUCAAUGGAAAUUUUUGACCAACAUUGCAAGCUUGCUCAAGAAUAUUUGAAAGUUCAGACAGAAAUGGCACUAUUAACACAGAGAAAAAAUGAUUUAAUAAAAGAAUUUGAAAUGGACGAGAAAAAUCAACAAAGUAGUACACGUCUCGCUGAGGAGUAUAAACUUCUUCUCCAGGAAAAUGAAAGUCUGCUUUUACUGCAUAAAAACCUGAACAAACAAGUUGAGCAGGUGCGACAGAUGCAACAGAAAAAGAGAUGAGCUGGCCAUUUGAGUGUAAAUAUUAGUAUUGUGAGGUACUGAUACUAAAGUGCCAUGUUAAAUCUUGGUCCAGAUGCUGACUGGAAUGUGGUUCUUCUGCAAGAGGAUGGCAGAUCAUAUUAUCAAUGACAGUGUACAGGACUGGACUGGAAUGUGGUUCUUCUGCGAGAGGAUGGCAGAUCAUAUUAUCAAUGACAGUGUACAGGACUGGACUGGAAUGUGAUUCCCUUGUGAGAGGGGAUGACAGAUCAUAUUAUCAAUGACAGUGUACAGGACUGGACUUAAUUGCUGAUUGUAAUAUUCUGAACUGAGCUUGGACAGACAACUAGGAGUUAAAUCUGUUCUCAAACUGCUGCCAUCAUGUUGUUCACUUGGCUCGAUUAGCCUCCAAUAAUACCACAAUUGUGAUCCUCUUCAUCGAAAAAAAAAAUGUAAAAGAAGAUAUUGUGAUGAAAAAACUGUGGGAUGGUUUCACCAAAUCUAACUGGAUGAUGGUUACACCGAAUCUAGCUAGAAGAUGGUUUCAUCAAAUCUAGCUGGAUGAUGGUUUCACCGAAUUCACAUUACAACAUUCUAUUGGUACACAUACUGUGAGAAAAUGGCGUCCAGAACUCGGUGGAUUUUAAUAUUAUUUUGUGCUUUCAUUUGUUAUGUAUAAAGGAGUCUGUCUGCCUGAAUGAUUUUUUGCGGCCAGUGAAAAGAUUAACAGGGAUCAUGAUAAAAUAUUAUAGAAGUGCUGCUUCGAUGGUCUCAUAAUAAUGGCAUGAAAUAUGCACACAUUGUUGAUAAAAAAGUCCAAAAUAUUUACGAAAUGUCUGCAGAUUCUGUUGAAGCAGGUCUUCAUUUACAAUCAUGACCUACAUCAUACUUAUAUUUUAUGGUGUUAAUCAAAAAAAAAAAUAUAUGGAUAUAUUUUUCUGCCUAAUUUCCUUUUUGAGUUACAUAUUUUGUUCUAGCUUAUUUGUGAAAUGUAACUUUUCAAACAUUUUGGGACGUACCUGGUAUCGAAUUUAACAACUAUAUGAGAAUUGUGAAAUAUAGCUGUAGUGGUGUUCUGUGUACAUUUUCUGUAGUAUGGUAAAAGUUUGAAAGUUUUGAAUGGAAUCCAAUGCUUUCUGAUUACAUUGAUGGAGUUUUCUGUCGGAAUAUUUACACUGAUGGACAGACAUUCUGAGUUCUCUGUCGGAAUAUUUACACUGAUGGACAGACAUUCUGAGUUCUCUGUCAAUUUUUUUACAUCAACUGAAAGACAUUAUUGUUUCUAGCAUUUUCUAGCCUUAUACUGUUUUUACUGCUAUUGUUUAAGCACUUCAUGUCUGAACAGUUGUUGUGUGGAAAAAAAGAAAUGAAUUGUUCUGUAAGGAGGAAUCAGCCGAUACGCAUGCAAUAGAUUUGUCUUUCAUUUCAAGUUUUGAUCAUCAUGUUUUAUAUGGUAUAACAUAACUGUAAAUUGUAAAUAAUGACAGAUUUGUAUUUAAAAUACACAAUAAAAUUAUGGAAUCUAU